AUGAUGUCCUCAUCCGUAAAAGUUCUUGCCAGCAACAUCGAGGCUCAAGAAAAUGCAUCCGCCGCAUCAUCACAAAUUCCAUCACGCAAGAAGUAUCCAGCUCCUCCACGUCCCAGUAUUCAGGAAUUGAAGCAGAAAUAUGAAAGUCAAUCAACUACGAACGGAAUCGUAAACUCCUCCGCUUCGAAAAUCCUAAAACCCAAAUCACCGAAGAUGAGAAGCAAAUCGAUGGUCAAACAAAUGGCUUCGAUGUUUAAUAACAAAAUUUCCCAGAUUAUACGAAGAGAUACGGAAGUCACCUCUUCCUCCUCGACUACAUCGACGAAGAAGCCCACUGAAUCGUUACCCAAACCUUUGCCAAUGCCUCGCUUCCGCCACAAUAAGGAAAAGGCCCCUGUACCCAGUCCUCGCACCAAAUCAAAAUCGAGAUUGCAACGCAAACCCAGCUACUUUGUGGCUGAGGAUGCCUUUGCCCAUCUCAGUGUCAAGGAUAAGGCCAUGCUCUAUACACAAUUCGUUGAGGAUAUGUCGAAGAAAAAUCCACGUUUCGGCCGUCAUGCUGGGCUCAUUGAAGCCACAGUGAAAAAGGAAGUGGCACGCGGUGAAGUCAUCAAUGAAAGACAGGAAUCAGUUAAGCAGCUAAGGCAGCAAUUGGAGGCUAGAUGUUCGGCAGGACAAUCGUAUCAAAAGGAGAAAAUGAAGCCUAAAUUUAUAGCAACUACCCUGCGUCCUAGCCGCAAAUGCUCAGUGAAAGCCAUGGAAUUGGAAGACCUUAAAUCCGUUAGGAAUCAUCAACUACGCCGAGCCCGCUCACUUUCGCAUAGCAAAAUUGAUCAAUUGAUCGUGAAGAACGGAGUUCAGACUAAAGAGGAAGCCUCUAUUUCAUUUGCCACACCGAAGCAGAUACGUGCCAGCCGCUGCGAGGUAAUGACACCCCAACUCUGCCUAGCCAAUCGACAAUUGGAGACCUUAUUCUAUUCCUGGCUCAAGGAGAAACAUUCUCAGCACGAAGAGACUCAGCAAUCGAACACCUGUGAAAUGGAGGAUGAAAGGCAGAAGUCGGCCAUCGAUCGCUUGCUAGAAGAGGCCAUUGUGAAAUUGGAAAAUCCCAAGAAAAGGCCAGCACCUGCAGUACCUCAGCCUACCAAGGCCAUGGAAAAUUCGGAGGGAACCUCAUCUAGUCUUGGAAGUAGUUUAGUUUCCUCUGUGAGCAGCUCCUCGGCCAAACAAUCCUCCAGCGGUGAGGAAAGUGAAUCGGGAAUUUCUAAUCUAACUAAGAAUACCAGUGAUGAGGAACAAAAAGUGGCCGAGAAAAUGCCAAGCCCAGCAAUGAAAGAGACCGAUAGACCCGUCAAACCUUUGCGUAAAAAGAAAAUGCGCCGUACCCUGAGCUGGAAAAAGGAUAGCUGUUUGGUGGAAACCAAGCCGAUUUCCUCCACCGAUUCCGAGAAUGAAACCAAAAAUGAGCGACCAAUUGUACACAAAAGACCCAGUUGUCAGAUUACGAAGCAACAGCCUCAAUCGAGUGUUGCGAUUGAAACUCAACCCUCCCAGGAGGCCAGUUUUGGGGAAUUGGAUAAAUCCCUUAUGCGUGUGGUGAAUUCGCCACGUAAAAUCAAAUCCGCCUAUACCUUGACUGUGUUCUCCCCACCACCCUCAAGGAAUCAAAGCCUUUAUGAUAUGGAUUCGGAUUUACCAAAAUCUUCGGAAGUUCGCCCUGCAACUGAUUUGAGUUUUGAUCAAGGUUUUGAAACGGGAUCCAAUGAUUUGGAUAGUCCCAUCAAAGUGCAGCGCAAACCCAUCCUCAGGAGACAAUCUUCGAUUGAGCGUUCGCAAAAAAUUCCCGAAAACCCCAGCGGAUUUUCAACACCUAUCAAAAGGAAAACUCAAGAGGCCAACUUUAAUCAAUCGGCAGUGGGUCAGCAGCAGCUCUUCAGUCCCAUUUCCGUACCCAUGAAAAAUCGCCGACGUUCGAUUUAUGACAAUGAAUCCCGACGCAGUUCGAUUGCCAUGCAGGUCAUCAGGGAGGAUCAUCCCUUGGAGCAUCAUGAAAUGAAAUCGCCAAGGAAUCUUUGCAAUACCGAAGUUUUCUUUGCCAAUGCUCCGACUUUGGAUAUGACAAGCUGUGGAGAUCUGACCGGAAUCACCAGCCCUAAGUCUUCUCUGUUUUGGAUCAAGUCCAGUGACUUCAAUCUCUCCUUUGAUAUCCAUAAAAAUGAAAAGGAACGUCUGAAGUUGCUCCACGAAAUCUUCUCUCAACGCAGCUGUGACACCAAGGAAAUGCAUUUCGGCAUCGAUAAGCAAAGGUUUUCGGUGCAUAAUCAAACUCAGCAAGGUGAUGAGGAGGAAGCAUUGCGUCUUCCUCAAACCCCUGAAGUUUCUCAGUACUGGUUCUCCACAGGAGAUUUGGUGAUACCCUUCGCUGGGAAGCAAUUAUCCGAGGAGAAGAUACAAAAACUUUUCCAGGUCAUUAAAUCGACGGUCGAGGAAAAUGGUAUCCUCCGAUUCGGUGUGGAUGAUGUGGAAUUCUCCAAUGUCCCUGAAAAUUGGACUCAAUCGCCGAAAUUUUCCAUGGAAAGUAAUUACAGCAUGCUGGUGGGUCUACAAUCCGGCAACAGCAAUGGCCUGGAGGGACGUAGCAAAUAUGCUUGGCCAAAUACCAAACCAGUACCGGUCAGUGAUCUUGAUCAAUCGGAUUAUGAAGAAGAUCAGGAGGUCUUUGCGGAAAAUGAUUCCUACUCUCCGUUCUCCGGCAUCACGGCAGACAACAAACAUUUCGAUUUGGCCUGUUUGGAUAAUGGUGUCGAAGAAGAGGAGAUUCUUGACCUGCCAAGAAGCGAUGAAGCCCUACUAAUGUCUGAGGAAUCAUUUUGCCUGGCCUAUGAAAAUGAACCCUUGGAUCAGUUGUUCGAACACAAAAUUGCCGAGGAGACUCAACAUCCCAAAGAAUCGUCACUAAAUGACAGCAAAUUACCAGAAAUCCUCACCACCCUGCAGGGUCAUCAAGAACUCCUUACUUCGGUACAAGAACGCAUGUCAGGUUAUCAGAAUCCCUUGAAUCUCUCAUGUGAUUCUUUGGAGGAAUUGAAAGGUACACCGGAAUAUUUGGCAAAAAUCAAAUCCAUUGUUUCGGAUAUCAGUCGCAUUGGCAGUCGGAACGGCUUCAAGGAUUGUUCGUUGGAGGAUUUGGAACGUUAUAUGUUCUUCUUGAGCCGUUAUGCUGAUAUUUGCCUCAAUAGCUGCAGCAGUCAAAUGGAUAAAAUCCUCGAUGCCAUGAUGGAACGUAGCAGGACCGUGGAGAUGUAA